GCCGCGCGGCUGAGCUACGCCGUGGGCCACUUCCUCAACGACCUGUGCGCGUCCAUGUGGUUCACCUACCUGCUGCUCUACCUGCACUCGGUGCGCGCCUACAGCUCGCGCGGCGCCGGCCUGCUGCUGCUGCUGGGCCAGGUGGCCGACGGGCUGUGCACGCCCCUGGUGGGCUACGAGGCCGACCGCGCCGCCGGCCGCUGCGCCCGCUACGGCCCGCGCAAGGCCUGGCACCUGGUCGGCACCAUCUGUGUCCUGCUGUCCUUCCCCUUCAUCUUCAGCCCGUGCCUGGGCUGUGGGGCGGCCACCCCAGAGUGGGCCGCCCUCCUCUACUACGGGCCCUUCAUCGUCACCUUCCAGUUCGGCUGGGCCGCCACGCAGAUCGCCCACCUGAGCCUCAUCCCCGAGCUGGUCACCAGCGACCACGAGAAGGUGGAGCUCACGGCCCUCAGGUACGCCUUCACGGUGGUGGCCAACAUCACUGUCUUCGGCGCCGCCUGGCUGCUGCUGCACCUGCAGGGCUCCUCAAGCUCCGGGCCUGCCCAGGACGUCAGCGUGGGUGACCAGCUGGGGGUCCAGGACGUGCCAGUGUUCCGGAACCUGUCCUUGAUGGUGGUGGGCGUUGGUGCUGUCUUCUCGCUGCUGUUCCACCUGGGCACCCGGGAGGGGCGCCGCCCGCGGGGCGAGGAGCCCGAUGAGCACAGCCCGCUGGUGGCCCCCCGGCCACAGCCCCUGCUGCUCUGGAAGCACUGGCUCCAGGAACCCGCCUUCUACCAGGUGGGUGUGCUGUACAUGACCACGAGGCUCAUUGUGAACCUGUCCCAGACCUACAUGGCCAUGUACCUCACCUACUCCCUCCACCUGCCCAAGAGGUUCAUCGCGACCAUUCCGCUGGUGAUGUACCUCAGUGGAUUCUUGUCCUCCUUCCUCAUGAAGCCGGUCAACAAGUGCAUCGGGAGGAACCUGACCUACUUCGCCGGCCUCCUGGUGGUCCUGGUCUUCGCGGCCUGGGUGGCGCUGGUGGACACGCUGGGCGUGGCCGUGUACGUGGCGGCGGUGCUGCUGGGCGCAGGCUGUGCCACCAUCCUCGUCACCUCCCUGGCCAUGACGGCGGACCUGAUCGGCCCCCACACGCACAGCGGGGCCUUCGUGUACGGGGCCAUGAGCUUCUCGGACAAGGUCGCCAACGGGCUGGCAGUCAUGGUGGUGCAGAGCCUGCACCCCUGCCCCUCGGAACUCUGCUGUCGGUCCUGCGUGGGCUUCUACCACUGGGUGAUGGUGGCCGUGACCGGCGGUGUGGGCGUGCUGGCCACCCUGGCCCUGUGCAGCCUGGUCGUGUGGCCCAUCCACCUUCGGAGCCGGGACCCUGGAGACCGACCCUGACCGCCUCGGCCGCCUGCGCUGCACACACCUGGUCCCCAGGCCUCAGGAAGCCCCGAGGCGUUGACCGGGUGACCCUGCCGGCUCAGCCCCGCGGGGUGGGCACACCUGGUGGUCCCGACACCCCGAGGCCUGGGGCCCCCAGGGUGAGAGC